CGUCCAAUAGCCAGCAUCGGGGAUCAGCUGGGAUGAAGAGCAGUGGGGCAGCACAGAUCAGUCAGGGAGCAGAAGCGAUCGGACCGCAGUGAGGCACACAGUUGAUGAGCUCUUAGGAGCCAGCACAUUUCUCUGACUGUUGGGGAUCCCGCCAUUCAACAGCCAGGAUGGCUCGGGAUAUGUCAGAUAAGGAAAUCUUGAAAAUGGAGCUAGACCAGUUGAAGAAGGAAGUUAGCACACCUAGGACAGCAGUGACCGCAAACUGUACAGACACGAUUAACUUUGUGGAGGGACUGGCCCCAAAUGAUCCGCUGAUUAAGGGCGUUCCCGAUGACAAGAACCCCUACAAGGGAGACAAGGGCGGCUGCAUAAUAACAUAGCACACAGACAUGCGAGGAAAAGUCACUCAGUUUUUUAGAAUUGGUUACAUUACUGUAAUAUUCCUGUAGAGUUGUUGUGGAUAUAAUGUAAAGUAAAAAGAAAACUGAAACUUGGAUAAUUCCAUCACUGGAUUAUGUAUGCACCUGUUGAUGCAAAAAUGUUUGUCUAUUUGUAAUUAAAUCCAAAUAGCUGUGCAAAGCUUCAACCUGA